AUGCCUAACCCAGUCAACGCCAUCCUUGUCGUUAUCGUCACCAUCUUCAGUAAGCGCUCUCCCUUUCCUCACCGUCUCUGCCCCCAGAAGCCUGAGUCUGAGUCCCUAUCGCUGACUUCGUCCUCUCCUGUAGUCCCCCCUGUCGGUGUCUUUCUCAUUGCCGGAUGCGGCGCCGACCUCCUCAUCAACAUCUGCCUCACCUGUCUCGGCUACUUCCCAGGCCACAUCCACGCGUUCUACCUUGAAUACGUAUACUUCAACCGCCGCGACCAAGUCCGUCUCGGCAACACUGCGCUGAAGCACGCCCCGGGAGUCUACUCCGAGAAUAUCCAGAACGGGGGACACACUUCUUAUGGGACUGUGCAGGCUUAG